AUGUUACUUAAUGUCUUUAAGCUGAAUAUGUUUCUUGGUGAUGCUUUUACAUCUGCCAGCAAAGCUCUCCAAAAAUCUAGCUCAGCAGUUGUCGCUCUGAAGCUUUGCGCAGAAUUACCUGAGAACAUCUGGCGCAAGUUCUUCACGGUGAGGAUCACUCCAUGUGAUGUCCCCAUUGAGUGGAGUAUACGGGUCCCUAAGACAUCGGCAAACUAUUUUGGAAAAACAAUUUCUGAUAAUUCGAACGCUCAGGAAGUCCUCCGAUUCCAAAAGGGCCCCAAGAUGGCGUGGACUCUCUUUAGUUAUCGAGGCAACUCGGUGGAAACCUACACAGGGGCGUCUCACCUUUCCACAGUCUACAUGCUUGAAUUCCUCUCCAUUGAGAGAGACACCCAGAUUAAAGCAUAUUUGACCACACACCCCAAAUCUGAUCACUUUUACCCGGAACUGCCAAUGGAUCCCCGCAUUGACGUCGUUGGGAUUGGCCCCACCGCAGUAACUCUGGCUUGGAAGCAGAGUCCAAGUGCCCUGCCACCCCAAGGAAACAUUCAUUAUUGUCUCCUGGCGAAUGAAAACUACAAUUUCAAGUCUUUAUGUGCAGCAGAAACGGCAACGCAACCUUCGGGGGUGAAACGGUCUCCUACUUUGGUGGUCUCUCCCUCCGCAGGUAGCCUCACAUCUCAGGAACUGCAGGCCCCGUCCAAGAGCGAAUUCAGCAUAAGUGACACAGGUAGCGACGCACGAGUGAAACAAGUCUGUGUGGGACUCGCAAACACCUACACAGUGUCCCACCUGACUCCUGGCGUUCAGUACUACUUUGAUGUUUUUGCCGUCAAUUUCCUCACCAACACCAGUGCUGCUUACACCGGAACCUUUGCCCGCACUCUUGGAAAUCCUGAGCCCAAUGUGAGCAAACUGAAGGACGGGAAGAUGAUUCAGCUGAGACUGGAUGGCAGGAAAUGGCCCUUUUACAAUUUACUGUACCAGGCAAUGCAGAAGCGGGUUCAAUUUGCCUUCCAGUCUUGCAGUGGGCAACUCUAUUUGGAAAUAUCCAAGGGCGGGGAAGUGCUGAUGUCAGAGAGAUUUGCUGGCUUGAGGCACUUCACCCUGAAAGGAAGGUUGGGAGAUACCUACCUGGUCCAUCUCCGGUCCACUGAGACUUCAGCUGCAUCCGUGAAGGUUCAGGUGUCCUCUCUCUUCCACAGGCCUUUCUUCCCAGCUCUGCCAGAGAGUUUAAAAAUCAGAUCCUUGAACAAACUGAGAAGCUGCCAUUCCGUCACCAUCGCCUGGCUUGGAACUCAGGAACUGAGCAAGUAUUGCAUCUACAAGAAGGAGAUUGAGGAGGACCAAACCUGGGUGGCCACCCGGAAGGUUGAUCGGUGCUCUGGGCCAGAGUCAAGGCAGAAGAGCGAAAAAGUGCUCUGCAAAUUCUUCCACGGUCUCAAUCUGCGGCGAGCUGUGACUACCGAAACCAUUAGGGGCCUGGAAGCAGGGACGGCCUACCUUUUCGAUGUGUAUCUCGUUGGAUCCUCGGGGAUCCCCAUCCGCUAUUACAGCAAAGUGGUGAAGACAAGGAAGAGAUGCUGA